AUGCUUACCAACGAAUUAAAUACUCCUGAAUCUCGUCGUCUUCUCAAAGUUGUCGAUGAAAUGAGAGAAAUACUACAUCAUGAGAAAAUUUCUCUUCCACAUAUUGUUGUUGUUGGUGAUCAAUCUGUCGGUAAAUCAUCUGUUCUCGAAGCGUUGAGUGGAGUUCAAUUGCCACGAGCACAAAAUAUUUGUACUCGAUGUCCACUCGAAUUACGCUUGAAAAAUAUUCCAUCUACUGAAACAGAAUAUGCCACUAUUCGAUGUGAAAAUAUGGCAGAGAUCAGAAUCAAUAACUUUUUGGAUAUCAUGGACAAAGUAACAGAUUGUACAGUACAACUAGCUGGUGCAAAUAUGAACGUUUCGUCAAAACCAAUUUAUUUAACUGUCUAUAAAAAAGACAUUCAAGCAGAUUUAACACUUAUUGAUUUACCAGGUAUUACUCGUAAUCCAAUUGGUGAACAAUCAAAAACUAUUUAUGAAGAUAUAGUUGAGCUUAUUGAACAUUAUAUUGAACCACCAACAGCUAUUGUUUUGCAUGUGAUUCCUUCAUCUGUGGAUUUCACAACUUCUGAAUCGAUUCAACUUGCAAAAGAAACUGAUCCACAUUGUGAACGACAAUUAAUUGCUGUAUCAAAAAUUGAUAAGUAUGACAAAGGUAUUGGAGAAAAACUUCAAGGUAUUGGACCAGGUUCGAUGGCACUUAAACUUGGUUGUGUAGCUGUUCUUAAUCGUACACAAGAAGAAAUCGAUCAAAAUAUACCAUUUGAUGAAAUGCGACGACGAGAACAACAAUUUUUUCGUUCUCAUAAAGCUUUUGAAGAUGUAUCAGAACAAUAUCUUGGUAGUGAACAAUUAGUAAAACGACUUGCUUUAAUUCAACAAGAACGCAUUCGUUCAACUCUUCCAUCAAUAAUAGAUGAACUUAAAAAGGAAGUCAAGUCCAAGAAAUAUGAAUUGAAGCAGAUGCCACCACCUGUUAAUUCUGAAAUGGAUUGUUGGGCAUUAUAUACAGAUUUAAUUAAAAAAUAUCGUGAAAUCAUUAAUGCACGUAUUCAUGGCAUAUAUGAUAAUGAGAUGAAAUUGAAAAUUGAAGAACCAAUAUUGAAUAAAUCUUAUUCAUCACAAACAACUACUCGUACACAAUCGUCUAACGAUCGAAACGACGAACGUAUUGCCUUUCAACUUUAUAAUCGACAAAAAGAAUGUAGAGAAAAACUUCGUAAUUGCUUCAAAAAGUUCUUUACAUCUGAAUAUCGAACAAUCGUAUUAAAACUACUUGAAGAAAAUGCUGGUGUUGCUUUACCUAAUUUUCCAUCAUUUAGCAUUAUUGAACAACUGUAUCGUGCUGAACAAAGCAAAUUUUAA